ACUGCACCAGGCGGCGAUGGCGGCGGACGGGGACUGGCAGGAUUUCUAUGAGUUCCAGGAGCCGGCCCUGAGCCUCCAGGACCAGGAGAACUGUAACGCGAGCCCCGAGGCCGAAGCAGGGCCGGGCGGGGGAGGCGACGGUUUCCCAGCGCUGGCCUGCAGCCUGGAGGAAAAGCUGAGCCUGUGUUUCCGUCCCUCCGGUCCGGGUGCCGAGCCCCCCAGGGCGGCCGUGCGGCCCAUCACCGAGUGCAGCCUCCUGCAGGGGGACGAGAUUUGGAAUGCCCUGACAGAUAAUUAUGGAAAUGUAAUGCCUGUAGACUGGAAGUCAUCCCAUACUAGGACCUUGCAUUUGCUUACUCUGAACCUCUCAGAAAAAAGGACGAGUGACAGCUUGCUCUUUGAUACCUCAGACGAUGAGGAGCUGCGAGAACAGCUGGAUAUGCAUUCAAUCAUCGUCUCCUGCGUUAACGACGAGCCCCUCUUCACGGCAGACCAGGUGAUUGAAGAAAUCGAAGAAAUGAUGCAGGAGUCACCAGACCCAGAAGAUGAUGAAACACCCACCCAGUCAGAUCGGCUUUCAAUGCUUUCCCAGGAAAUUCAAACUCUUAAGAGGUCUAGUACAAGCAGUUAUGAAGAGAGAGUGAAAAGGCUGUCCGUAUCUGAAUUAAAUGAACUGCUGGAAGAAAUUGAGACGGCCAUCAAGGAGUACUCUGAAGAGCUGGUGCAGCAGCUGGCCCUGCGAGAUGAACUGGAGUUUGAAAAGGAAGUGAAGAACAGCUUUAUUUCAGUUCUCAUUGAAGUGCAGAACAAACAGAAAGAGCACAAAGAAACAGCCAAAAAGAAAAAGAAGCUCAAGAACAGCAGCUCUCAGAAUGGGAAGAACGAGAGAAGUCACCUGCCUGGCACACGCUUCAGCAUGGAAGGGAUCUCAAAUGUCAUUCAGAAUGGCCUCCGCCACACCUUUGGAAAUUCAGGUGGAGAGAAACAGUACUUGACAACAGUCAUUCCUUAUGAGAAAAAAAAUGGACCACCAUCUAUUGAAGAUCUUCAAAUAUUAACAAAAAUUCUUCGUGCCAUGAAAGAGGAUAGUGAAAAAGUUCCGAGUUUGUUAACUGAUUAUAUACUGAAAGUUCUGUGUCCUACAUAGGGCAGCAUAACUUCAGGAACAGCUUUAUCGUCUGUGGACAGCAAACUAAAUUGCUUAUAGCAUCAUUCUGAAAGCUGGCUACCAUUACCUUCCUGCUAUUGGAAACUCAGGACACCUGAACUUGGGUUUGUGAUUCAGUAUUACUAUAGUGAUCAUGCCUUCUCUAAUGCUUUAUAUUAUGAACCGAGGGAACUACGGCACUAUUUUGAAUUCUAGAGAUGUUUUGUUAAAUACUAACAAUUAUGAACUCUUUUCCAGCUUUAUAGAGUAAGGGGGAGUGAUGUGAAUUGUGCAUGUACAGUUAUAUUUUUCAUGCCUGUUCGAGUUUUUAAGGCUUUCUGGAUCUAAACUGCACUCACUCAAGAACUAGAUCAAAGCACUGAGAGAUUUAUACUCGUUAUUUUUCAGUGCUGGCAAGAACCAACACUGAUUUUUUUGUAAGAGAACUGUCAGUGUGAAUAUUACCUACCAGUAUUGUCCAGAGAGACUAAGACUUAAAAACUGGGGUGUUCUUGGAAGAAGGGAAACCAGAAUAUGCGUUGUCUUGGCUUAAUACUUAGUCAAUAUCGAAACAGCUGGAGACGACUGAUUUUAGAGGUUGCUGCGUUUCACCGUUGUUCAUAUUUUAACCAUUAAGAUGCCACUUACUUUCAGAAUCUUGUAUUAACUUUAGAGGUUUCAUUGCUUCAUUUCACUUGUCUGUGAAGAAGUGUCCUUUAAAAGGAGUUUGUAUCCUUUAAGGUGCUUAAGAAACUGUAUGCUACAGCAUUGCCCAUUUCCUGUUACUGUUAUAUUUUAUUCAUGCCUAUGUGUUUUCCUAAAGUAGUAAUUCUAGAAACAGCUACUCAUGGAUCCAUCACUAGUCAUGAAAAACGUUUGCCGGUUCCAAUCAAGUCAAUGUCAUUUAAUAAAUGUUGGGGAAAAAAAAGGUAAUAUAUACUUGAGAGCUUUAUUUUUGAGUUUUUGGUUUUUUGGUUUUUUUCUUCCCUUAAUAGUGCUGGAUUCCUCCCCUCACUGUUCACACAUUGUCCAUCAUUACAGUGUGUGAGCUGGUGAAAUCUUGAUUAGCCUCAUGAUGCUAAGGAGGGGAGAGAGGGACUUUUUUCAGAUCGUGCUAAGCUGCUGUGGAAUGAUGGAAGUCCUGUUCUUUUUCUGGGUCCGUGAGACAUUCCUAACAGCCACGGCAGCUUCUUCCCAUUGACAACAUGAGUGUAAGUAGAGUCUCUAUAGGACCUGCUGUCGGGGGGCUUUUAAAAUUCCACUUAAACAUCUGUGAGCAUACAGAGCUACCCGGCUCAGUAAACGGGACACCAGGACUGCAACGGCAGUAGCUCAGUUUGGAGUUGAUGCCAGCGUGGCACUUAAGCCGUUCUCUAGGAGUAUGUGGAACUUGAGAUGGUUCCUUGUUUUAUUAAUGUCUUAUUUGAUAGCGAAUAUGUGGAACUAAUUUGUCCCUUGCCCUUGAAUUGAUGAAGAUGCAUACUAAUACAAUAAUAUUAAUAAUUUAAUCUGAAUUUGUAAAAAUUGUCUUAUACUGAAGAAAUAUCACUUUGGAGGGCAUCCGAAAGAGUCAAAAGAGAUUUUUUUUUGAAGCGACUCAACAGUGCUCUGUUUAUAGUUCAUUCUUAAGUUGAUGCAUCUAAAAUGUAUGAAAAAUAUGCUAUUUUUUCCUAUCAACUCAAAGUCCCCUUUUAAUGAGGUUUCCUCUAUUUUGCUUGGUAACCUCUUUCUUCAGCAUUAGUAAAAUCCUAGGGUUUCCCACUACAGCCUUUCUCCUACACAUGAUGAAUGAGUUUGACACUAAUGAUGAGAUGGGCGUGUUUCUGAUCUGUGACUGACAACAGGUAGGUUUUAAGUUUCUCUCACAGCAGCAUCCCUGUGCUGUACACUUGAUUGAUUGCUGGGCGGGGGGACACCCUUUUUUUUUUUUUUUAAACAAGGAUUCCUUGGGAAAGGCCUGCCUUCUGAGAGAAGCACUGGGGCUGCUUGUGACGCCGGAACUGACAGCCUUAAAGUAAAAGGACGAGUCAUCUUUCUCAUCUCAGACACAGAAUCUUUUUGAAAGUGACGCUGUGUGAUUUAGAGUCAAAGUGUUUAUUUGCUGCCAAGAAUCAAGUUGCAGGUAAUCCUUUUACAGCCUUGUUUUUUGAAGAAAACAAAACAAACUGUAGAACUAUAGUGCACUCCAAGUGCCAUAUAUCUAUUUUAUUCUUCAGGAAAUUAUAUUUUUCUUUUACAGAGCACAACAGGAACCAAAGUAAAAGAGUAAUAGAUAUAGCACUCAGGAUAAAUCAAAUCUUUAAAAUAAUAAAAAAAUUUACACCUUGUCCUAUAUCCUGUUAGUAUUUUCAUAAUAUGGCCAUGAUUGAAAAACAAAAAGCAAGCAUUUACAAUUUUUUGAUAGACUUUUUAUGCCAGGAAUGGAUUAAUUGUCAACAAAAAUUUAUACUAAUCAGGCUGAUGUAGGUCUAUUUUGGUAACAUAUCAUUAACAAAUUUAUUUUGGAGAUAAAAAUAUUGCCCCUUGAUAAUAAAUCUUUUUUUCUUUGAUGCAAACAGCUAGAACACCUUUUUCUUUUCUUUUUUUUGAUAUUCUAAGACAAAAGAAAUGGUUAAUCUUCAGAUUAAUAAAUUAGGUCAUUAUAAUAAUAAAUUAAUUUUUUUUUAAAGUUCAGCAACCUCUGUCCAAGUAUUUACAACAAUACUUGAAAGUUCCUUUACAAAACAGAACACAUUUUCUUUUCACAUUAAGCAUACUGGGUAUCUGUGUCUUUCACAACAAGCAUUUUAAAAAGAAAAAUCAAUGCAACAAAUGGGUAAUUAGUAUAAAAGUGCUAAGAGCUGUUUGAAAAGUUAACACUAUAGUAUACAGUCAGUUAUAUCUGAGGCAAACUACAACAAACUUCCAGCUUAUUAUGGACAAUAUUCCAGUAGUUGUUUCAAACAGUUGUUUGAAAAGAAAAAAAAAAAAAAAUCCAGGAGCUGAUUAGUGAUGCAGAGACCAGUGAGCAAAUUGAAAACCAAAAGCAAAUCCAAAUGAGGAAGAUUUUAAUAAAGGAAUACCUUCUCCAUAGCAGGUAUGAUGCUGACUGCUCAAGGCGUGUGCAUACACACACAAACACACAUACACCCAACACUCACACGUUUCUCUUCCCAAUUAAACUGCAAGUAGAUUGAGACUUUGUGUUAAUCAAAAAUUUAAGUGAUCAAAAGCACUGAUAUGGAAUGCCUGUUUGUUUUUUGUUCUGGUUAAAAUCUCAUAAAAAUACAUUCAACAGGAAAACAUAAAUUGUAUGUGUAUAAAUAUAUAUGCAUAUAUAUUAUAUACACACGCACACAAAUACUUUUGUUUUUCUGAAGCAUAAGAUAGUUACAUAAAUAUUCCUAUAAUUGCUAAAGUUUAAAGAGGCAUAAUUUUUUUUUGAGCUUCAACAAAGGUGCUUGAAUAAUAUACAAUUAAAAUGAAGUAGUUUCUAUUUUGUAGAAUCAGUAUAUAAUAAGGAAAAAAAGAUCCCCAAACAGUCUUUUUUUUUAAAAAAGUUUCUUCUUAAGCUAGAGCUUCAACGAAAACUAUGAACAACCGACAGAACAGAAGAAAGCAACAACAAACAAGGAAGUAUAGCCCCUGGGAAUGCCUGGUGUCCUUCCCCCUCUUCUCCUUCCUGCCACGCUGCUGUCAGAAAAGCUCCAGUGCUCACGUCAAGAAACGACUCGGGUUUUAUUCAUUUGCUGACUCUGCUAGGAACUGGCUGAUUGACUGACUUGGAAGAAAAAGAAAGCAGCAAAAAGUAUAACUGUAUAUAUCCUUAAUCACCCGCUUUAGAGAAACGUUGCUACCCCAUUUCUCUUGCUUCCUCACCACCUACUGCAGCUGUGACUGUAUAUAAAAGAAGCAUGUGGCUUUAGGCCUGGGUUGGCUAUCAAAAGGGUCUGAUGUGCUCGUCUGGUAGUCUAAGGUGGUUAUGGCAGCUAGAUCGCAAGGCCUUUUUGUUUUCCUGCUCACUCAGGCCUGAGCUUUGCAGCAACCAGUGCAAGUCUUCCGAGCAACAGGAAAAAAAUAUCCUCUGGGCCACUGGACUGGAUUUCUCCACAAGCCAAGCUGACCUAUUUGUCUUCCCAACACCACCCUCCCACCCAUUCGCCCCAACCAAACUCACUGUCCCCGUCCCCAAGUAUCUCUACAGCUAUAUUACAAGCAAAUAUACCUUAGCAACUUUCAAACCUUUGGUUCUAAGACAACACUUGGUCAGUUAUCUUGAGGAAGAGUGGGAAUGCUUGUUCUGCACACUGCUGUCGACAGAGCCCAGCCCAGGAAGUCCUCAGCGCUGUACAUCAAGUCACAAUCCAAAACAAUCCACUAAGCAAGUGCACGAAUUCUAGUUAAAGAGCAGAUUGAGUCGUUUUUCUGUCUUUCAAAACCUCAUCCACACUGCCUCUCUUCACACCGUUUGGUAGAAAUUGUCUGCCUGUAGGUGGUUCUGUUUUUGCAUGCUGUAGAAGCCACUGAAUCUGGCGUCUGGUUCUGCGAUUCUCAGCAUUCUCUGGGAACCGUCCACCUGGACUCGGGUUCCUUUCUUGCAGUCCACAGAUACCAGCUGAUUAUUUAAAGAAGAAGGCUAUUUAAUGGGAGGAGGAAAAAGAACCACAAAGAAUUAACUGCUUUACAUAUCUCAAACCAACAGAUAUUUAGUACCUCAUUCAAGUGAGAAAACAGCAUCACAGCACAUGGAUGGGCAGACUGCGUGGGUUCACAUCAUGCUCUGGUGCCAACUAUACUUUUUUUGUGGCUGCGCUGCAUGGCAUGUGGUACCUUAGCUCCCCAACCAGGGAUCCAGCCUGUGCCCCCUGCAGAGGAAGUGUGGAGCCUUAACCACUGGACCACCAGGGAAGUGCUGCCAACUAUACUCUUAUGAGGAAUACUGACAAACUGUGUAGGGGUGAAAUGUCAAUAAAUUAUGUCAAACGGAGGGGAUGAAGGAACUGAGAAAAUACGGAAGUGACACAAUUAUUUUCAAAUCCUUGAAGUACAGACUAGUGCUUAAGAGGGUUGAAAGAUGAGUGGAAGGUACCAGAUAGACAGAUUUUAAGAUAAACGGACCAUUUCUUAUCAGGCUGUAAAAUCAGCAUCCCAGGUUGGGCCAGUCUGCCUGUAUCCAGCCAUACACACUAUGAUAUGAGCAGCUCUCUCCCCAGCUUUGCAGGUAGGGACUGUGUCUUGUGCAGCCCUGUAUCCUGACCCAGCAUGCGCCCAGCACAGAGGCAAUUUACAUAUUUGUUGUAAGAAAAUCAGUGAAAGUAUUAUUAUCUGUAUGGUAAAUGGGCUGUUUUCAAUUCUUGAGGUUGUAUAUCUUUUUUCUUUAGUAAAAACCAAACUGCAAAAAGUAGUUAGUGUUCAAAGGAAUUAUGAUUUUUUUCCCUUCAUGAAAAUGAAUUAUUUCCUGCUUUUUAAAAUAGGCAGAUUGAGGCCCUUUGCAUUUGUAUUGACAACAAACACAUAUUCUUUCCCCUGCAAUAUGAAAUCUGACCCCCUCCACCUUGUCUGGUAUUAUUUCACACAAUCCCUUCAUCGUUUGCUACCUUUCCCCUUUCUGCCUGCCUUUGACACAUCUCCCUGUCCUUUGGACUUUGUACAUUGUCAUGAUCUUUUAGCUCUCCUCUUGCCCUCUUCUGUGUGUUAUCUCCCUAACCUUGUGAUUUUUUUUCUUCCUUUCCCAAUUCUAAGUUGAUAGAUAGAUGAUUGAGAAAUACCAAGUGACCAAGUUUUAAUUUCUAAUAUAAACAACAAUCACUUAGGAAUCAAUCCAGGGGUAUCUGCUUAUUUGAAAACUUUAAAGUAAAUCCAGGAAAUUGGAUCUGUGAAAGGUCAGGAUUCAUUAACUGAUGGAUGACGGAGACUUGAUCCAGCCAUCUAGCCCAGGGCAAAUACUAUGUAUCUUGAUCACCACAGCUUAAUGUGCAUUUGAAGCUAUGAGGAGCAAAGUAAACAUUUCACUGGCUAAUAGAGAAGAUAUCAAGCAACUAAGGAAAUCUAAGCGUACAACCUUUCCUAGUUUGAUCGUUUAAGAGGCUGAAACUUUGUCAGUACAAUACCUUAGUUGGUGUUCGAUACCAGCAAAGCAGUGGUAUCCACUGUUUCUUCUGAUUGAUGAACAGGAAUGCUAUUAUAAUAGAGAGGCCUAUUAUUAUGGGAACCACAACUGAGGCAAUGGAGUCCAGCGAAGAAUCUUCUCCUGAGUGCAGCCUGUUAUUAUCUCUGUAAUCUACCUGGAGAGGACCCAUGUCUAGAAGAAAAAAAAUUACAAGCAUUUAUUACCUAAACCAGAAUUUUUUUUUUUUUUUUUUUGCAGUAUGCGGGCCUCUCACUGUUGUGGCCUCUCCUGUUGCGGAGCACAGGCUCCGGACGUGCAGGCUCAGCGGCCAUGGCCCACGGGCCCAGCCGCCCCGCGGCCUGUGGGAUCCUCCCGGACCGGGGCACGAACCCGUGUCCCGUGUAUCGGCAGGCGGACUCUCAACCACUGCGCCACCAGGGAAGCCCUAAACCAGAAUUUUUAAGGAUUAUUUUAAUUACAUUGCAAAUAGAGACCAGCAACGUGGUUUUAUUGCUUCCUAGUACUUUAAGGCUAAAACGUGAUUAAAGUCUAAUGUGGAUCCAAAGAGCUCUUAUGAGAGAGCAGAGCUCUUAGGAAUGGAUGUAAAAAAGAAAAUAUUAGGGUGAGAAGUUUUAGUAAUUGGGCAGGAUGAUGCUGAUUCUAGCUAAUAAAGAAAAUAAGAAAAUUCUUACGCAGACUUUAAAGAAAAAGUGACUAGGGCUUCCCUGGUGGUGCAGUGGUUAAGAACCUGCCUGCCAAUGCAGGGAACACGGGUUCAAGCCCUGGUGCGGGAAGAUCCCACAUGCCGUGGAGCAACUAAGGCUGUGCGCCACAACUACUGAGCCUGUGCUCCAGAGCCCGCAAGCCACAACUGCUGAGCCCGUGUGCCACAACCACUGAAGCCUGCGCACCUAGAGCCUGUGCUCCACAACAAGAGAAGCCACCGCAAUGAGGAGCCCGCGCACUGCAACUAAGAGUAGCCCCCGCUCGCCACAACUAGAGAAAGCCCGCGCACAGCAACAAAGGUCCAAUGCAACCAAAAAUAAAUAAUAAAUUAAUUAAAAACCUUUUUUUUUAAAAGUGACUAAAAUUAGACUACUGAAAAUAUUUUAAUUAAUGUUAACCUUUAUGGUCUUCUAAGAUUUUGAAGCAGAAACAUCAGCUUAGCUCCCUGUUUACUAACAAACAAAUAGGAGACUAGGACAAAGUAUAUGCUUCUACUUAGUAGUGUAAUAGAUAAGACUAAUUAGUAGUGUACUCGUAAAAACCAAGCCAGAAUCAAGAGCCUUGUCUUUUGGUUAAUAUUCUGGUUUACUGAGCUCUAAGCUAAAAUGCUGUACUUUUCAUAAACUUAUUGAAAACUCACUGGACCUAUUGGAUCAUUUUCCUGCCUUGGUUAUUGUACAAGGGACGUUUAAUUUUGCUCUUAUAAAUGGUGGUCUUUUUGUUCCUUUAAAUCAUCAUUCUUGCAAUGAACACUGCAGACAGAGAUAACAAAUUUAAAUAGAUAGCAAUCAGGAGCACUCUCUGAAGAUUUCCUUAUUUUUCUUUUGUUUCAAAUAAACCACUGCAGUCAGGAUGUCUUUAAAUGCAUCAAAGACCAGGUUAGUGAAAGAUGCAGAACACAUGCAAUCAAAAGGACCUGCUUUUAAAUUGUUUUGGAAACUCAGCUCAUGAAGUAGUACAGCUUUGUGAUGUUAAUACUGUCUAUAGUUUAAAACUCAGAUUUUUAUUAAUAUCCUAUGUGUAUAUGGGGGGACGAGAAGAAGAGACCCUUCCUAGUCAUUUUAGAGAGGCAGAUGGUAAUACUUUAUAGGAAGGGGGAAAAAAAAGGGAACAUAUUUAUCAGCAUCAAGAAAAAUGCCAAAGGGGGGAGUUCCCUGGUGGUCCAGUAGUUAGGACUCCGUCCGCACUUUCACUGCUGAGGGUGCGGGUUUCAUCCCUGGCCAGGGAACUAAGAUCCCAGAAGCCGUGCGGUGUGGCCAAAAAGAAGAGUAGUUUCUAAUGCCAAAGGUAAAAGUAACAUUUUUUUUUUUUUUUUUGCAGUACGUGGGCCUCUCACUGUUGUGGCCUCUCCCGUUGCAGAGCACAGGCUCCGGACACGUGCAGGCUCAGCGGCCAUGGCUCACGGGCCCAGCCGCUCCACCACAUGUGGGAUCUUCCCGGACCAGGGCACAAACCCGUGUCCCCUGCAUUGGCAGGCGGACUCUCAACCACUGCGCCACCAGGGAAGCCCAAAAAGUAACAUUUUAUUGAUGAAUUCAGGUUUUAAAAACACAAUGAAUAAAAGAAUGAAUUUUCACCUUC